AUGGAGGAGAAAAAGGUUGAAGAAGAUGGAAAGAAAGGAGAUGAAUCUAAAGGAGAAUCUGCUCAACAACCUCAAGAGGUUAUCUUGAAAGUUUACAUGCACUGUGAAGCUUGUGCUCAAGAGAUCAAGAAACGUAACCCGUACUCCCAAAUUUUACAUGGUGGAUCCCAAAUAACUUUGGAUGGUGACAUUACCCAUGAUAAUGAAAAUUUACCAAAUGAAAUUGAUUUUUUUAAGGGAUUCAAGGCUGUAAGGAUCGUGAAGAGUGUGAUGCUAAAUGAGGGGAAAACAAGGUUUUCAACUAAGGACGGAAGCCCCAUCUUUCAUUUUCUCAACACCUCCACCUUCAGCGAAGACACCAUCAUCGAUUCUGCCUACGUCGUAAAGAUCGACUUCGAUGCCCCCUCGAUGAAGAUGAGCCUCUUAAGUUGUGGUGUCUCAACUAGCGUUGGGGCAGCUUGGAAUGUUGCGGACGUGCAGCCGGGAUCAAGCGUCGUAAUCUUCGGCUUGGGUGCCGUAGGACUCGCUCGGAUUGUACCUUGGAAUCACAACGACAUGCUCUGUUUCAUCUUUGUUUUCAUUUCGUUAAAGAACCAGUUGUAG